AACAACAACAAACAAACAUGGCCGCUAUGGUUAAUAUGACCAGCCUAUUAAAUGGCAAAGAUUCACGUUGGCUCCAGCUAGAAGUAUGUCGUGAAUUUCAAAGGAAUAAAUGUUCCCGCCAAGAUACCGAAUGUAAAUUUGCCCAUCCGCCUGCAAAUGUUGAAGUGCAAAAUGGCAAGGUGACCGCCUGCUAUGAUAGCAUUAAGGUUAGUAGAGAUGCUUUAAAUUAUUUCCUUUAA